ACCAGGCUGCAAAAGCAAGCUCACCGGAAGCUGACGUCAGCGUUGUUGUGGCCGACGGUAGACACGUGACGCGACGGCGACAUGGCGGCAGAGUCUUCUGGAAAGGUUGUAUUUGAGCUCGAAGGCGUGUUUGCGCAUCCAAGCGGAGAUGAAGAAGACACGGAAGAGGAUUUUCUUGUUUGUGGUUCUCUUCGAAUCGUUGAGAAGGAUGCUGACAUCAUGAUGGAAUUCACGCCUCUUGAGGAUUCUGUGGACCCUUCACACAUCUUAUGUGCUGCCAAGGACUCCAGCUCGGUCAUGGAGUGGGUCCAAUGUGGCAAUCAGCGUCCGGGCGAGCGCGGCCAGUGGCCCUUGGAGAGCCAGCAGAGCUACGAGACCGAGUGGGAUCUGAUCAACGCCGCGUCUUUCAAGAAGAAGGCCUGCGUCGCCGGACAGGGUUCUGUGGCGGGUGGCCACGAGCAGAGCGGACGUUUCUUCUCGGUCAGUCUCAGUCAGCUCGCCGCCGUCACGCUCCGGGACGGCUGCUGCCGCCAUCGCAAGACGCCCGCGCUGGUUUUCGCACUCAAGGGAUCUUCAUCGCUGCCUUCACUGCACUUCCACCAGGGCGGCAGCAAAGAGCUCCUGGACAGCUUGAUGGGAGUGGCCACGCUCAGCAAGUGCGCAGAGGACGAGUCUCGUCUGCUGAUCAGCUCUCCCAACAAGGUUCUGAGUCAGUCCUUUGAGAAUCUGGAGGAUGACAACAACUUUGGCCUGGUCCACAAGUUACGCAAGGAUCCGUACGUGACUACGCUGGGCCGCUUCUCCAAAGUCACCAACUACAUUUUCGACGCCUUCAAGGGCACGGAGGAGCAGCACCAGCGCCCCCCGGAGGAGGUCGCCAACCUACUGGGGGAAAUCAUCCCGGGCCUGGAGAUCAACCAGCAGGAGGAGCCCGGCUUUGAGGUGGUCACCAGGGUGGACUUGGGGACACGACCGCAGGUUUCGCGGAGCGCCCCCGUGUCCGCCGACAUGUGGAACGGACAUCAAGACCAGGACGGCCGCUUGAUGCACAUCGCUCGGCUCCAGGAGUCCAUCUUCAGGGGGGGUCUGUGCCAUGCGGUAAGGAAAGAAGCCUGGAAGUUUCUUUUGGGAUACUUUCCCUGGAACAGCACGCUGGAUGAGAGGAAAAGUCUGCGGAGAAGCAAAACGGAUGAAUAUUUCCGCAUGAAGCUGCAGUGGAAGUCGGUCAGCGAGGAGCAGGAGAGAAGGAAUUCCCGACUUCGAGACUACAAAAGUCUAAUCGAGAAAGAUGUCAACCGGACAGACAGAAGCAAUCAAUUCUACGAGGGGAUAGAUAAUCCGGGUCUGGUCCUCCUGCACGACAUCCUCAUGACGUACUGCAUGUACGACUUUGACCUGGGUUACGUGCAGGGCAUGAGCGACCUCCUGUCGCCCAUCGUCUUCGUCAUGGAGAACGAGGUGGACGCUUUCUGGUGUUUCGUCUGCUUCAUGGAACACAUGCACCAGAACUUUGAGGAGCAGAUGCAGGGGAUGAAGACUCAGCUGAUCCAGCUCAGUACGCUGCUCAGGUUGCUGGAUCCGUCCUUCUGCAGCUAUCUCGAAUCUCAGGAUUCCGGUUAUCUUUAUUUCUGCUUCCGCUGGCUGCUCAUCCGCUUCAAGAGGGAGUUCUCCUUCCACAACAUCCUCAGGCUCUGGGAGGUGAUGUGGACGGGGCUGCCCUGUCAGAACUUCCAUCUCUUGCUCUGCUGUGCCAUCCUGGACUCGGAGAAGAGCAAAAUUAUGGAGGAGAAGUUUGGUUUCAACGAGAUCCUCAAACAUGUGAAUGAGCUCUCCAUGAAGCUGGACGUGGAAGAAAUCCUUCAGAAGGGAGAAAGCAUCUGGCUGCAGAUCAACAAGUGUCAGGGCCUGCCUCAGUCCGUGAUCAACAUCCUGGCGUUGGAGUCUAAACCCCGCGAUCGCUGCGACUCCAGCACGGAGUCGGCGGCGGCGGCUCCGCCCGUGGCGGGAGCGUUGCAUCGAGGCGACCGCGCCUGCGCCAACUCCAACGGACACUUGCGAGCCAUGGACUCUCAGCAUCUCAGCAAAGUUGCCUUCAUGUCGUAACCAAGAUUCUUAUUUUUUUACCACGUGCACUUUUGUCCUCUGUGACACCGGACAGGAAGUUUCUCCUGGACACGUUUUGCGAAGGAAAAAACUUUUUUUUUUUUUUUUUAAAGCACGCUGGUCGUCGUCGUCGUCGUAUUCACAGCAGAUGGAAACAUCCGUUGUAUCCUCAGCGACAGGUUUGACGCAUUAAAAACCUUCUCUUGUA